CUCUCUCUCUCUAUUAUUCUUAGUAUUCCUUCAUUUUUGUCUACUUUCUCUCUUUCUCUCUCUCUCUCUCUCUCUCACAAAGAUAAAAUCUUUCUCACUUCCCCAGCCUUUACCAUCUGCUUUCUUUGACUUGAGAAGGGCUUUUUUUUUUCCUGUCAUCAAAUCAAGACCACAGAUUCAAAUUAGACCCAUUUGGGCAAUCUGUUCAGAGUUUCAUGAGCUGCAAUUUUCCAGAAAGACAGAAAACCAUAUAACAUCCUUAGAUACUUGUAUAGUAAGAUGGGGUGUUUCACAGUUUUGAAGAGUAAGAAGAAAAAGUCUGAGCACAAUGUUUAUAUGAAACGUGCUAGCCAUAACGAUCAUUCGCCCACUGUGUUGCCGGAACCCCAAAUCCAAACCCGGUCCCUACAGUCUGCACCCCCAAGUUUUAGGACCAGAGUGAAACCAAUUCAACCAGUUAACAAAAUCACCAGUAAUAGAACAAGGGCAUUAUCUGCUCCGUCGACUCUUGAUGCUGCAGAGCAAGAUGCUCUUUCAUCAGUUGAAUAUGAUGAACAGGAUGAGUCCAAGUAUCGAACUGGAUCAAUAAAGGAACAACGUUCACCAAGUCCUCAACCUCUUCCUCUACCAUCGCAAUGCACUGCUGCACUAAAAACUACCGGAAGCUUUAAGUCAGUUACUAGUAGUGGCCCUCUCUUUUCUGGACCAUUGCCACUGCCUCCUACAGGAACUCUGAGGAACUUUUCAUUUGAUGAAAUUGCUGCUGCUUGCCAUCAUUUCUCGUCAGAUCGAUGUGUUUCAGAAGGUCUUUCUUCCUUUAUCUAUAAAGCUUCAUUUGGAGAUGAUGGUUCAAAAAAGUUCGAAGCAACUAUUACUCGCCUUCACCCAUCCACUCAGGGUUUAAAGGAUUUUAUUAACGAGGUAAAUACAAUUGCAUCUUUGCAUCAUCCUAAUCUUUGUAAAUUGCUUGGUUACCAUGCACGUGAUGGUUCCGAACAAAGAAUGUUAGUAUAUGAGAGGCUCAUUCAUGGAGGCUUAGAUCGGCUACUCUAUGGGAGAUCAGAUGGUCCUCCCAUUGAUUGGAAUACAAGAAUGAAAAUUGCUUUAUGCGCUGCACAAGGUCUUACUUUCUUGCAUGAAGAAGGGCCUUUCCAGGCCAUGUACAAUGAAUUUUCAACUUCCAACAUACAGAUUGACAAAGAUUUUAGUGCAAAGCUUUCAGGAUAUGGUUGUGUUGGCCACAUUCCUGAGAUGGAGAUCUCUAAUAAUUCUGUUGCAGUGGCAAACCUUUCAGUGGAAACAGUGGAGAAAGGAUUGCUUACCCCAAAAAGCAAUGUUUGGAGUUUUGGAGUUGUUCUUCUAGAAAUACUUACUGGCCGGAAGAAUCUUGAUAGCCGUCAUCCCAAGGAAGAGAGGAAUUUAGUCAAAUGGAGCCGGCCUUUCCUAGCUGAUGACUGUCGACUAUCACUGAUCAUGGACCCUCAUUUGAAAGGCCGUUUCCCAACCAAAGCAGCCAGGACAGUCGCUGACAUAGCUCAAAGAUGUCUUCUGAAGGAUCCAUCAGAAAGACCCACCAUGAGAGCCAUCGUUGAACACCUCAAAAUCAUACAAGACAUGAAGUAUUCCUGUCGUUUUCCUCUACAAGAACCUGCAACCAUUGCUGGAAAGCAAAUGUCAAGGUCACCGAGUCUCAAUGGAAUCAUUAUGCCAGCUCCCAGGUCAAGUUUCUCGCCAUCUCCGCCAUCAAGAGCCCAACCAUCGAUUUCCCCUACUAGACGACCAGCUCUGCCAUUGUCUCUUCCUCCACGUGCGUGUUCCUCCACCCUUUCGUUGGAGGAGCUUGAACGACAGGAAAGCCGAAAAUCAUCAUCAUCAUCUAUCCGGAGAGCUAGUGUUGAAGGUUUUUGAUUGUCUAUAAUGUGCAUCUUUUUCUCUUUUAAAUUUUUUUUUUUUUUUUUGGUGCUUUUUUUCUUCAUUUUUUUGUUGGUGAUUCAACACAAUAUAUAGAAGAUAAACAUGUGGUCCUUCCACCUACACAUCCCUCAACAUGAUGGAAGAGAGGAUGCUCUUUUGUAGAUAGUGAAAGCCCAGUCUGACUGAGUUCAAUUAGUUUUCUCUAAUCCAGAAUGCAAAUUAUAUUUAUAGAAA